AACUACAAUUCCCCUGAAACACGCAGUUUCCGGUAAGAUGGUGGUUGUGUUCAGACGGUGAAGUUACGUUUGUUUGGUUGUGGAGUGUAGUGGCGAUGGCUGGAGACCUUUUUGACAGAAAGGAAAAUGAGCCCCCCUUUUUAAAGGAGAGAGAAAAGAAACGUUCACGGUCCCGAGAGAGGAGAAAUUCACCUUCGAAAGAUAGAAAACGACAUCGCUCCCGUGACAGGAAACGUUCCAGGUCACGGUCAGGAGAUAGAGAGAGACGACAUAAAGACAAGGAUCGAGACAAAGAUAAAAGUAGAAAAGAUCGUGAUCGAGAUAGGCAUCGCAGAAGGAAGUCCAGAAGUCCUACAUCAGGCAAGCAUAAAGACAGUCGGUCAAAGAAAGAUAAGGACCAGAAGAAAGUAAAGACUGAAAAAGAUGAUAAGAAGAAAAAGAAGGUACAGCCACUCUCCUUGGAGGAGUUGCUGGCCAAGAAGAAGGCAGAGGAAGAAGAAGAAGCCAAGCCAAAAUUCCUUUCAAAAGCAGAGCGUGAAGCAGAAGCAUUGAAGAGGCGACAACAAGAGGUGGCAGAGAAACAGAAACUGAUUGAGGAAGAACGAAAAAAGAGGAGGAUGUUCCAGGACAUGGGGCGCAAAAUGUUGGAAGAUCCACAGGAACGAGAGAGACGAGAGCGUCGAGAGAGAAUAGAACGAGAGACAAGUGGAGUUGAAGAGGAAGAUGGACGACAGAAAAUUCGAGAAGAAAAGGAUAAAACCAAAGAGCUGCAAGCUAUCAAGGAAAGAUACCUGGGAGGAAUCAAAAAGCGCAGACGUACUCGUCACUUAAAUGACAGGAAAUUUGUAUUUGAGUGGGAUGCAUCGGAAGACACUUCAGUUGACUACAAUCCUUUGUAUAAAGAAAGGCAUCAGGUGCAGCUUUUAGGCCGUGGUUUCAUUGCUGGAAUUGACUUGAAACAACAGAAACGGGAGCAGUCACGCUUCUAUGGUGACCUCAUGGAAAAGAGGAGGACACUGGAGGAGAAAGAGCAAGAAGAGGCUCGGUUGCGUAAGGUGCGAAAGAAGGAGGCCAAGCAGAGGUGGGAUGAUCGACACUGGUCUCAGAAGAAACUGGAUGAAAUGACAGACAGAGACUGGAGAAUCUUCCGUGAAGAUUACAGUAUCACAACCAAAGGAGGAAAGAUCCCCAACCCUAUCCGCUCCUGGAUCGAGUCUACCCUUCCUCCUCAUAUCCUUGAGGUCAUCGACAAGUGUGGAUACAAAGAACCAACACCUAUCCAGCGGCAGGCUAUUCCGAUUGGAUUACAGAACAGAGACAUCAUCGGAGUGGCAGAAACGGGUAGUGGUAAAACUGCUGCUUUCCUUAUACCUCUACUGGUAUGGAUUACCACAUUACCUAAAAUUGAAAGGAUUGAAGAUUCUGAUCAGGGUCCUUAUGCAAUCAUUCUUGCUCCGACCCGUGAGUUGGCUCAACAGAUCGAGGAGGAAACAAUAAAAUUUGGAAAGCCACUUGGGAUUCGUACUGUUGCUGUGAUUGGUGGUAUUUCACGAGAGGAUCAAGGCUUCCGGCUGAGGAUGGGCUGUGAGAUUGUAAUUGCCACUCCAGGUCGUAUGAUUGAUGUGCUGGAGAACCGUUACCUUGUUCUGAGUCGGUGCACCUAUGUAGUUCUUGAUGAAGCUGACAGGAUGAUUGACAUGGGUUUCGAACCAGAUGUUCAGAAAAUUCUUGAACACAUGCCUGUAACUAAUCAGAAACCAGACAGUGAUGAAGCAGAGGACCCAGAGAAGAUGCUUGCAAACUUUGAGUCUGGAAAACAUAAGUACAGACAGACUGUGAUGUUUACAGCUACCAUGCCUCCUGCAGUAGAAAGGCUGGCAAGGAGCUAUCUGCGCCGUCCUGCUGUGGUGUACAUUGGUUCUGCUGGUAAACCUCAUGAAAGAGUUGAACAGAAGGUGUUCCUGAUGUCUGAGGCAGAAAAGAGGAAGAAGUUAUUAGAGAUCCUUGGCAGUGGCUUCGACCCACCUAUUAUCAUCUUUGUCAACCAGAAAAAAGGUUGCGAUGUCCUGGCUAAAUCACUGGAAAAGAUGGGGUACAAUGCCUGUACAUUGCAUGGUGGCAAAGGACAAGAACAGCGAGAGUUUGCUCUGUCCAAUCUUAAGGCUGGUGCUAAAGAUAUCCUGGUAGCCACUGAUGUUGCUGGUCGUGGUAUUGACAUUCAUGAUGUGUCCAUGGUCCUUAAUUAUGACAUGGCCAAAAACAUUGAAGAUUAUAUCCAUCGUAUUGGUCGUACUGGCAGAGCUGGCAAGAGUGGUGUCGCUAUCACGUUCUUGACGAAAGAGGACUCUUCCGUGUUUUAUGACCUGAAGCAAGCUAUCUUAGAAAGCCCUGUGUCAUCAUGUCCACCAGAAUUAGCCAAUCACCCUGAUGCACAGCACAAACCAGGGACUAUUCUCACUAAGAAGAGACGAGAGGAGACGAUAUUUGCUUGAGCUGCACAUAUUUUCACUGUACUGCUACAGACGGUUUACUGGGAAAAAUAAUGAAAAAAAAACAAUUAAUAUGCAGGUUUCACAAUCUGAGACCAGAUGGAUCAGAAGUUGUACUCCACUAGAACGCCACUGAGUGGAGCCAAAGAAAAAGUCUAAUUCAAAGAAUUAGGUCUGUGAAGGCUUCAUAUCUGUCCUUAAAUUUAGUUUGGUCUGUAAUGGCCAAGAUAUUGGGAGCAGUCAAAUCCAGACUUGGAUUUUUUCAUUGUAAUUCUAGUAGUAAUCCAGGUUGUAUGAUGUCUGUCCUCACAAAACUGGAGGAACCCAAGUACUGUCUGAUGUCUGUCAGCACAUAAAACUGAAGGAACCCGAAUGUAUAUAAAAUGGGUUGACAGUAACUUGUCAUGAUUUUAGGUGGCCAGUGUCUCCUUUAAUUAUUUAAAUUGGUUAGACCUUUUUAAUGGUAAGUGCAGUAUUACUUCAGUGUUUUGAUUUUUAGAAGUAACACUGCCCCCCCUUGCUUUUAGUAAUCUUACUUACACAGUAGAUGUUGAUUGCUUAAUCACCAUGUAAAUUCAGUAUGGCCAAACAAAAGUUUAUCACUGUAGCAGGAUGACUACUUCAGUAUACACAAUAUAGCACUUGAAUUUUAUGUUUUAGCAUGAUCCGAAUAUUUAUUUUCACAGACUACCUUCCUAAGUUGCAGGUACCUCCAUAUCAAUAACAUUCGCAAUAUAAACUGUGCAAAUCACAGUUGGAUUUUCUUGGUAUUUCCAAACCCACAUUAACAUGCCCAGCAAAGGGCGCAGAUAAGAAGGCACAGAUGUUCUGUUCAUAAACCAGCAGAAAUUGCUUCAACGUGUACCCCCUUCAUUGGUGAGGAUGUCCAGCUUCGUGCUACAGAAGGAGAGUCUUGGGUUCAACUCUUUCCCUCCCCUGUGUGCCACUGAAUCACGCAUUCUGCCCUUUUGUGGCCCCUGAGGUGCAGAUUAUUGACCAUCUCCAGAGAGCAUUGUGAUACUUUGGUAUAUUUAGCUCUCCUGUUUUAGCAACUUUGUUAAAUAUAGGCCAUUGGGGUCAUGUACUGUAGGUCUGUGGCAACACAUUUGUUUUUUGUUUUUGUUUUUGUUGACUGUAGAUGUGUUUGUAUACAUUAUGAACUGAGAGAGGUGUGGACAGUUUGAUCAGUGACCUGAAGAAAAUACCUGGCUGAGAAAAAAAUAACUCUUCCGGUCCGUGCUUUGUAAUAUGUUUUAUAAUACUGAGCAAGAGUAAUGAUAUAUGUUUUGUGUAUAUAAUAGACUUUGUUAUGUUUCUUUACACAAGACUUUGUUAAAAAAGUCAAUAAAACCACCAGUCAGUCUUCCUCAGGGAAGAGAUUA